AUGCCUCCAACAACCACUCCAACUUUUGUCACCCCCGUCCGUUUCACGGCCACGGCACUUGCUGUCUCUGUCCCCAAUAAGGCUGAGGUGGGCGGUGAUGGCGGCAUUGCCGUUAAUGUCGGUGACAAGAUCAUUGGUCUUAUCAAGUCUGAUUCUGAGGAUGUUAUCGGCCAGCUUUGUGCGGUCAACGCGGGCCAUAAUGAUAUUAUCAGAGUUAUCAAGCGUGGUGGUUACGAGGACUUCGGUUCUGACGUUAUCGGCUUGGUGUUGUUAACGUUGGCGGUGAUGAUACCAUCGGAUUUAUUAAGUGCUAGGAUCUGGUAA